AGUAUACAUUCAACAUGAUUAUGUACAAAACUGCUAUUUUUCUAUUUUUUAUUAUUGUCAACACAUCGAAUAAAUACGUAACUGCCGAAAAUGACGAGGACACAUCGACAGAUUUGUAUGUCAUUGAGGGUAAAGUUUUUCCAUGGGAGAAUAGCGCAUCAAAUGGAUGGCAACUAAUGACUCAUGUUAUGGCUAACGGUGGAGAACAUUAUGGAUUUCUACGGGAGGAUGGAACAUUUAUUAUUUCAAAUGUACCAUCUGGAUCAUAUGUAAUUGAAGUUGUAAAUCCAAACUGUGUUUAUGAACCUGUAAGAGUAGAAAUUAACUCAAAGGGAAAAUUUAGGGCAAGAAAAGUUAAUUUAAUUCAAACAUCACAAGUAAUACAGGUUCCCUACCCAUUAAAGAUGAGACCACUGACACCAUUCCGCUAUUUUCAAGUUAGAGAGCAAUGGAGAGUAACAGAUUUCUUAUUUAACCCAAUGGUCUUAAUGAUGAUACUACCAUUAUUGCUAAUUAUGAUUAUACCAAAAAUUAUGAAUGAUCCAGAAACUAGAAAGGAAAUGGAACAAUUAAAUAAUUUCACCAAUUAUAACAUACCAGAAAUGUCAGAAGUAAUAACAGCAUACUUAUCUAGUGGAGAGAAGCAAAAAUCAAAAGCAGUAAAAGCUGCAAAAAAAAGACAGUGA